GCUAUAGCGUGGUCAGAUCGGGGUGCGCAUGCCAUAGCGAAGUGUGCUUAGGCGCACCGGAAGUCGGCUGAGGGGAGCGAUGGCGGGUUUAACUGUGAGAGACCCUGCGGUGGAUCGUUCUCUUCGUUCUGUUUUUGUGGGAAACAUUCCUUAUGAAGCUACAGAAGAACAACUGAAGGACAUCUUUUCUGAGGUUGGACCUGUUGUUAGUUUCAGAUUGGUGUAUGAUAGAGAGACUGGAAAACCAAAAGGUUAUGGCUUUUGUGAAUACCAAGAUCAAGAGACAGCACUUAGUGCCAUGCGGAACCUGAAUGGACGUGAAUUUAGUGGGAGAGCACUUCGAGUGGACAAUGCUGCUAGUGAGAAGAACAAAGAAGAACUGAAGAGCCUUGGCACUGGUGCCCCUGUCAUUGAGUCACCGUAUGGAGAGACCAUCAAUCCUGAAGAUGCCCCCGAGUCUAUUAGUAAAGCAGUUGCCAGUCUUCCACCAGAGCAGAUGUUUGAGCUGAUGAAACAAAUGAAGCUCUGUGUCCAAAAUAGUCCCCAGGAAGCACGGAACAUGUUGCUUCAAAACCCUCAGUUGGCUUAUGCUUUGCUGCAAGCACAGGUAGUGAUGAGAAUUGUGGAUCCGGAGAUUGCCCUGAAAAUUCUUCAUCGCCAGACAAAUAUCCCAACACUGAUUACAGGCAACCCUCAGCAAAUCCAUGGUGCUGGACCUGGCUCAGGAGCCAACAUGCCAAUGAACCAGCAGAAUCCUCAGGCCCCACAGGCCCCAUCUUUGGGUGGAAUGCACGUCAGUGUCAAUGGUGCACCUCCUCUCAUGCAAGCUUCUAUGCAGGGCGGGGUCCCAACACCAGUGCAAAUACCACCUAGUGUAACGGGACCUGGGCCAGUUUCUUUAGCUCCUGCAGGUGUAAUGCAGAGCCAGGUUGGAAUGCCAGGAAGUGGACCAGUGCCCAUGGACCGGGGACAAGGAACCCUACAGCACUCGCCCGUGGGACCCGCCGGGCCUGCAUCAAUUGAGCGAGUUCCAGGGCAGAGAACAUGGAUGAUAUGGGCAUCUGUCCGAGGCUGUACUCCCUCCCUACUGGUGUCAGGAGGCUUGGAUGGAAUAGCAGUCUUGCCGAUGCAAGACCCCAGAGCAGCUAUGCAGCGGGGAUCCUUGCCUGCCAACGUGCCAACUCCUCGAGGUCUAUUAGGAGAUGCUCCAAAUGACCCACGUGGAGGCACUUUACUUUCUGUAACUGGCGAGGUAGAGCCUAGAGGUUACCUGGGACCACCUCAUCAGGGUCCACCCAUGCACCAUGUUCCUGGCCAUGAAGGCCGUGGACCACCCCCACAUGACAUGAGGGGAGGUCCAUUACCUGAACCUAGACCUCUAAUGGCAGAACCAAGAGGACCUAUGCUAGAUCAGAGGGGUCCACCCUUAGAUGGCAGAGGUGGAAGAGAUCCCCGAGGAAUAGAUGCACGAGGGUUGGAGGCCCGAGCCAUGGAAGCAAGAGGACUGGAUGCCAGAGGAUUGGAGGCCCGUGCCAUGGAAGCUCGCGCCAUGGAAGCCCGUGCCAUGGAGGCCCGUGUCAUGGAAGCCCGUGUCAUGGAAGUCAGGGGCAUGGAUACCAGGGGCCCAGUUCCUGGCCCUAGAGGUCCUAUGCCUAGUGGAAUGCAGGGUCCUAGUCCAAUUAACAUGGGGGCAGUUGUUCCCCAGGGCGCUAGACCGGUCCCAGUCAUGCAGGCGGCGGCUAUGCAAGGAGCAGCCAUGCAAGGAGCAGCUAUGCAGGGUGGAAAUCAGCCUGGUGGCUUCAGUCCUGGGCAGAGCCAGGUCACACCACAAGAUCAUGAGAAGGCUGCUUUGAUCAUGCAGGUUCUUCAACUUACUGCAGAUCAAAUUGCCAUGCUGCCUCCUGAACAAAGACAGAGUAUUCUAAUCUUAAAAGAACAAAUCCAGAAAUCCACUGGAGCACCUUGAAAGAUUUUCAAAUGUGCCUGACGACACAUCCGGAAUUUCCAUAAUAAUUUCAUUGAAAUGUUGAUAAAAGGUUACUUCUGCAUCCUCACUCCUGAAUGACUCAAGUUGGUGCCAGGUGGAGGACUCCCAUCACCACCUUUCAGAACAAAAAGAAUUUGUUGUCUUAGUUUGUAUAUUUUCUGUUAUGUUAAAUAAACUUUGUACAAUUUUAGUACACUGCAAAUUAAUACACAUGACCGUUUUGCUUUUACAAUGCUAAAAUGCUAUGGGUAGAACUUAGAUAUGGUUUCUACCCUUACUGCAGCAUUAUGCUAUAUUGCCACAAUUCUUUUUUUCCUGUAGAAGAUUAAUCAUUUAUUUUGAUGAUAUUUGAGAAUUUCUCAGAAGCAAUGUUUUCUGGAACUUCAUUUUUGUUGAAUUUUCUUCCAAACAGAUACUAAGACUUUGCCCUUUGAAAACGUUGUAGAUUUUCUGAGUCUUCUGGGAGAAAUAGCACAUGCGCAGAGCUAUAAAAUAGUUCAAAGGCCAACAAAGCAAAGAGCACACCACAGUAGUGUGUUUGGUUUAGAAAAAUCCAAUUAUCAGAAUGCAUUAUUUUGUCUGUAGUAGGUUUGAAUAUUUGAGAGUUCAGACAAAGAUUGUGUUGGUACUGGUUUCAGUGUAUGUCAACAACACAAAAGACUGUUGACAUUUAUUUGUCUGUUAUAAAGCUCUUCAAUGUAGUUAAGUCUAAAAGUUUUAAAAGCCACUUGUUUUUUACAUGUUCAAAGUGAAUUAAAAAGUAAAAAGAAAUAAAAAGAAUGAAAUGUAUUUCAUUCUAUCUUCCAGGAAAUCACUAGAUUUGCAGUCUUCUUCUGUACUCAGAUUUAUUCUGAGAACUUGAAACAGAAAACACUAAAACUUUUUACAUUAUUAGUUCUUUUAAAGAGGACCAAAUAUAGAGCACAAGCAGUCCAAUUGCUCAUUAGGUCUGCCUGCUUUCUUGCAAAUAGGUAUGGACAUUAACUAGUGCCAUCAACCAGCUGUAACCUAUGGAUCUCCUUGCCUUGUAUUUUCUCUCUCUUAUAGUGGCAGUAAGGAAGAACACUGUUUCUCUCCAUCAGGCCAACCUCAAAAGUUGCCUUAAUAACUAUUAAAGUUUUACUCAAAACAUCUUCUGAGCCUCUUUACAUUCUCAGAAUCCUACCCUCUGGUUGAGGAUUAUAUAAUGGUCAAAUUAAUUAAACCCUGGCAUAUACAUAUGGAUGGUAAUAGCAUAUUGCUUACAUUGUAAAUGAAAGAAUGCAAAGAUAAUCAACUUCAGAAAAGGUUAAAAUUGAAGGAUUCUUCAACUGCAUGAUAUAAUCAUUUAACACAAAAGUGGGCUGGAUAGUUCAUACUACAACUUAGUAAGAGGAGCUUAAAAGAGCAGAGGAG